UCUUAGAAUGUAUGAAAGGGAUCCGGAAUAUGAUGAAGAAUUUGAAUGGGUCUGUCAAACCUAAAGCUCAACCUAGCUUUAGUGGAUUCAUUGUACCUUUGGAGAUUCUGGCUUAUGAGGCUAUUCCACAUCUUGGACUGAAAUAUAGAGUACCUGUACGUGCAGCAAAUGACUGUCCAAGGAUGUGCAAGCACAAGUUUAAAGAAUCUGCCAUGAAAGGUAUCCCUUUGGAAGAAAUAUAUCAAGAGCUUGGGACUAGCAAGGAUAUUGACAGCAUAUUGGUACCAGACCAAUAUGAAAAAUCUCUGUUGGCUGGAAUCAUUGAAGAUAAUGUUGAUGAUGGCCUAGGGCAGAUUGAUAUCAUUGUUGACAGUUGGAGAGAGCGUCUAGUAGAAAAGAAGAAAAAGAUAUGGUGGGAAGGAAUGUACCAGCUGGACCAGGCGUCCCGAGAGAUUGGUAAUAAGUUUCUUGAGAAUGAAGACCCUGAGCAACAAGCCCCUGAGCAAGAAGUCCCUGAGAAAGAGAGUUCUGAUAUUGCUAAAGUUGUUGCAUCUCUUGCCUCACUAACAGAGGUGGUGAACAAUGGCUUUCAUGCCAUUGAGGAGAAGUUUAGGGAUAUGGAGAUUAGAGUGAAGACUCUUGAAGUGUCUGUGGCAGCUCAGGGAUAUCAUAGUCCGGUGUUUCCGCCAUAUGGGUCGCCUCUGGAAACACAAUAUGGGACAAGAACUGAUUUUGAGGGUGGGCAGAUGAGUCAAACCAUGGAAUUGGUUUUGUAUAAUCCCAUUUCUCCAACUGUUCCAGAACAAGGUGAUGAGGAGGAGGAAAAGAAUGAGGAGGAGAAAAAGAAUGAGGAAGAGAUGAAAGGAAAAGAGAAGAAGAAGGGCAAGAAGACAAAGAGGAUGUUGCAGCAAGAGGGUGGACCUGUAAUAGCAACCGGACUGAAGCGAACAAGGGCAGCUUCCCAACAUAUUAAGACACCAUUUGUGGAAGUGCAGCCGAAGAGAAGGAGAAAAUUGUGUUUAGUCGGUACAACUGGUCAAGGCAGUACAACUGGUCAAGUCGGUACAACUUCGUGGUACAACUAUGUCAAAGCGAAGGCAACUUUUGAAAUAAAAUUGGUCAAAUACUUGUUAACCAUUUAG